GUGGGGUGAUUUUUGGGCCAUUUCCAAGUUUGCUCAAUCCUUACAAAGACUGUCUCUUAAGGUACAAGAAUGAAUUUCAAAACAAGGAAGCAGGGAGAGAGUAUAAUGAACUUGUAUUGAAACCAAAGUUUGAUGAGAGCACAGAGGCAGUAUGGAGACCAAAACCAGCUGAGUCCGAAGCUAAUACCUUUCCUACAGAUACUGUUCAAGUUGAUGAAGCUAAAUUUAAACAACAAAAUAGCCUCUUGACAAGAUUGAAUUAUGUUCCUGUUGAUCAGUGUUCUAAGGACUGGAGAGCUUUAAGAGUCGGGGUAAUCACUGCUAGUAAAGCCCCAUCAUUACUUGGAUUCCAUGGGAUKAAAGAAUUUGAUUGCUCUUGGUUUGCAAUUAGAAAUAAACUUGAUGAAAGUGUACUGAACCCCAAAAGGUCUAGAUUACCAAAUUUCAUUAGAGGUAAGCAAGAAGAAGGCAAUGCACUCCUCCAGUUUUGUAAUGAUUCAAACCUAGACAUUACCCAGUGUGGGUAUUUUAAACAUCCCACUGACCAGAGAUUUGGGUCAAGUCCAGAUGGAGUAAGCACUGGAGAACAGGAAUUUCUAGUAGAAAUCAAGACCCGAUCCUUGCCAAAUAAAAGUGAUCUGGCAAAGCUAACACAAGAAAAAGUUGAAACAAAACUACUAACCACUCAAACUCCACUAACACAGAUAACAGGAAGUCAUUUAAUACAAUGCCAUUUACAAAUUGAGUGCACUGAAACAUCACUUGUSUACUUGAUGUCCUAUGUUCCAGAAGCCAAAGUUGCUGCUUAUUUGCCUAUAGCAAAAAAAUCAUGUUCUGAGUGCGAUAAUGUUGGAUUUAUUAAUACACAUAUUUGAAAAAAAAGCCAUGUCUGACUCCUGGGCACAUUUUGAGCAUCCUAGCCUUGUAAAGCUAGGAAGUAAACUUGAAGGAUCACACCCAACUUUUGAAAACACCCGCUAUUUUAGAUCUUGGGUAAAUUCUGAAGCAAAGUUAAUCAAAGCUGUACGAUUUCAGAAAGCCUGAGCUAAUCACUCAUUUUAAUUUGAUAAGUAAAUUAUAGUAAUAUCUUGUCUGUUGAAUAUGUUGUUUUAAGUCCCAACAUGCCACAGAUUAUAUAGACAUGUAUGAGUAGAUUUCUUGAAGUAUUAAUUCAUGUACACUUUAAAAGAUUUCUACACCACUAAUCUUAUUCUUUAUAAACUCUGAGUAUAAUGCACAAAGUAACAAAUCCAUUUAUUUAUUUWAUUUAAUUGGUGUUCAUAGAAAGAAUGAAAGAGGUGGUGUUGCAUCUGUUGCUCCAUUAUGAGGUU